AAAAAAAAAAGUCUCUUUCGGAUGAAAAGGCAGCAGCAGCCGCUCCAUGGAUCCCUCCCCAGUGUGAGCCCGACUGUGUGAGAGAGCUCACCAACCGCACUGAAAUAAUCCUUAUACAAGAGACAAGGGGGUCCAUCACCAUGGCAACUCCCCCUGGACUCCCCAGCCCCUAGGGAAGCUCAGAGAGCGGCCGGAAUGGGCACAAGUCGGUCGGAGGGACCUUCCUGCUGAUUCUUUCCCAGGGAACCCCCCCCCCCCCCCCCCAGGAUUUAAAUUUGUCUGCGAAAUCCAAAGCUCAGGAUGGAGAACCGAGGGGAUCGCUGCGCCGGCGGAGAGGUACUUCAGUUCAUCAAGGGCAGAAAUGACCAUGACUGCCAAGCAAAAUGCCACCAUCGCUCAAAGAACAGGCUGGUGUAAAUUACCCAGGGACACUCUGGAACGGUCUCAGUCAGUGUCCCCCCCGCCCGUUCUGUCGCCAGUCAGAAUCACCUCCUACCCCUUGAGCGACAGCGAAGAAUUCUGCCGAUCGGCCAACCUCCCCGGCCUCCGUGGUAACAAGCUGGUCAUCAAGGACUGGACCCCACGAGAGUCGAGCGUCCGUGACGGGCGCCUAAGGGUCCCGGGUGCCGAUCCCCCCAACGCCCUCCUCAAGUCGGUCAGCGUCGCUUGCCUGGACAACAGGCUCUCCGUCUUCAAGGGUCCAAGCCACAAGGAGAACGUUGAGGAGCCCAAGGAUGGGGUCGGGGGCGUCCAGUUGAACCGGAGCACGCUUUCCUUGGGAUCUGCCGCCAACCAGCGCAACCGCUCCCUUGGCAACAGGACCCCAACCCGCGGCCAAGCGCUCGACAUUCGGCGUAAGAUUUCAGAAUGGGAGUGCCGCAGGGAUUGCACCCCCAAACUGAGCUUGUUUGUGGACAGGGGAGACCAGGGCGACCUCUCUGCCAGUGAAGGAGGCUCCAGUAUGUUGACUUCACCAUGCAGCGAGAAGACCUUCGACUUUAGAGGCUAUCGGAGAAUGAGCAAGACGUUUUCGGAGUGUUCCUACCCAGAAACCGAAGAGGAGGAGGCUUUGGAUCGGGACUCUCUUCACCGGUUCGAGAGGAGGUCCAGCCGGACCGAGCCGGCCAAUGCGUUCAUCCGGGGCUACUCGAGGAAGGACUCUUCUGCGGUGCUCAACCGGAUCCAGAAGAUUGAGCGGGCCCUGAAGGACAACCCUGGCAGGGGCCUCCCCCAGUUGCCCAGCAGCUGUUACAGUGUGGAGGCCGGCAGGAAGAAGUCCAUUACGUCCGGUACUUUAGACGGUUCCGUUGACACGGGGGGCAAGGUUGGACCUGUACAUAAUGUAAAUGACAAAGAACAAUCACUUGAUAAAAACCACAAGACGAACAAUUGCCCCAGCCCCGAGGUGAACCCUGUCCCCAAACCCAAACGGACCUUUGAGUAUGAAGCCGACCGGAACCACAGGAGCAAGCCCAGUAAUGGCCUGCCUGGUUCCCCCGGGGCUGUUUCCCCACCCCCUCUCCCUUCUACCCCAGCGCCCCCGGUCACAAGGAGGGCGAAGAAAGACGCUCACCGGAAAAGCCAAAGCAGGAAAUCCCUGGAGUUGGAGGACGCCUCGAGUGUCCAGUCCCUGAGCCCAACGCCCCCCGUAGAGAACGGUACCGAGAAGCAGCGCCGCUCCGGGCCCAAAAGCACUUUAGAAGAGAACGCCUACGAAGACAUCGUCGUUGCUUCCAACAGACUGAAACAACUGGAGCCGCAAUGUAUCGAAACAAACGAUAUCCAUAUGGAGCGCAGCAGUGCGGCCAAGUACUCCCUCUGCCUGUCUCUUCCUAUUGUUAGAGCGCCGGGGGACCCCCCCAAGGAGAACCCCUACGAAGAUGUGGAUCCGAAGGGGAGGCUUGUGAGUCGGAAGUCGCAGCCGUCCCCUGACAGUUGCUCGGAGCCCCCCAGCAGGAUGUGGCGGAUGUACACCUCCCCCACCCAGCUCCCCAACAAGGGCAGUAGCCAGUCCUUACGGGUGGGAAGCCAGUCGGAGCGAAAGAGUCGCCACGUGCCGCGAUUGCCCAAGCGCCACAGCCACGACGACAUGUUGCUACUGGCCCAGCUCGCCAUCCCGCCAUCUCCAUCCAGCCUGAAUGAAGACAGUCUGAGUACCACCAGCGGGAUGCUCUCCACUCGCAGGUCACGGAGGAUCCCCAAGCUGGUGCAGAGGAUCAACUCCAUCUACAGCGCCAAGCGGGGCAAGAAGCGACUCAAGAAACUGUCUAUGUCCAACCUGGAGACGGCGUCCUUGCGAGACGAAAACAGCGAGAGCGAAAGUGACUCCGACGACAGGUUCAAAGCGCACACACAGCGCCUGGUCCACAUCCAGUCCAUGCUGAAGCGGGCGCCCAGUUACCGCACCCUGGAGCUGGAGCUCAUCGAGUGGCAGGAGCGGGAGCUGUUCGAGUAUUUCGUGGUCGUGUCGAUGAAGAAGAAACCCAUGAAAAACACGUAUAUCCCCGAAGUGACGUAUCAGUUCCCCAAGUUAGAGAGGCAGACGAAGCAGGUGCGAGAGGCGGAGGAACGCCUCAAAGCCAUCCCCCAGUUCUGUUUCCCCGACGCGCGGGAUUGGACGCCGGUGUCGGAAUAUAACAGCGAGACCUUUUCCUUCAUGCUCACUGGGGAAGAUGGCAGCCGGAGAUUCGGAUACUGCCGGCGAUUGUUGCCAAGUGGGAAAGGGCCGCGACUACCAGAAGUCUAUUGUGUCAUUAGCCGCCUUGGCUGCUUCGACCUCUUUUCCAAGAUCCUGGAUGAGGUGGAGCGAAGGCGCGGGAUUUCGGCGGCGCUCGUGUACCCGUUCAUGCGGAGUUUAAUGGAGUCUCCAUUCCCGGCGCCGGGGAAGACCAUUCGCGUGAAGACGUUCCUGCCCGGCGCAGGAAAUGAGGUGAUCGAGCUGCGGCGGCCGAUGGACUCGCGACUAGAACACGUCGACUUCGAGUGCCUUUUCAGGUGCCUCAGCGUCCGGCAAAUCAUCCGCAUCUUCGCCUCGCUGCUCCUGGAGCGCCGCGUCAUCUUCGUGGCAGAAAAGCUAAGCACCCUGUCUAGCUGCUCCCACGCCAUCGUGGCCCUGCUGUACCCCUUUUCCUGGCAACAUACCUUCAUACCCGUCCUGCCCUCCUCUAUGAUUGACAUCGUCUGCUGCCCCACGCCGUUCCUGGUCGGCCUGUUGUCCAGCUCUCUGCCCAAACUGAAGGAGCUGCCCGUGGAAGAGGCCUUGAUGGUGGACUUGGGCUCUGACCGUUUUCUACGGCAGAUGGACGAUGAAGACUCCCUGUUACCCCGGAAGCUACAAGCGGCCCUGGAACAAGCCCUGGAGCGGAAAAAUGAUCUGAUCAAUCAGGACUCUGACAGUGACUCUGAUGAAGAGUACAACUCCCUCAAUGCCCUGGUCUCAGAGGUCUUUAUCCGCUUCUUCGUGGAGACCAUCGGCCAUUACUCCCUGUUCCUGGUGCAGAACGAGAGAGGGGAGCGAGUCUUUCAGAGGGAAACUUUCCGCAAGUCUGUGGCCUCCAAGAGCAUCCGCCGCUUCCUGGAGGUCUUCAUGGAGUCUCAGAUGUUCACUGGGUUUAUCCAGGAUAGAGAACUGCGAAAGUGCCGGGCGAAAGGUCUCUUUGAGCAGCGGGUGGAGCAGUACUUGGAGGAGCUGCCGGACACAGAACAGAGUGGAGUGAAUAAGUUUUGGAGAGGACUUGGCAACAAAAUGAAGUUUCUUCACAAGAAAAACUGAGAAGUGCGCCCCCUCCUGGCCGUUCUAAUGACUCUUAAUAGCACUAUGCACAGAGCUGUGGGGGUCGGACAGGGGGUCCCGGACGUCCCGCCCCCAAUUAAAACCACUGUUAAAGCUCCUCGGAAGAGCGAAUCACUGAGGCCCCCGCCGGAUCUUUAUACAUAUUGUAAAUAAUGCGCCGUAGGCUUUUUCUAUGGAAUCUGUGGUGAACGUGUCGGUUUUGCGGAAAGCGCGAAUGUGAAGCGACUGCGCCGAGGAACAGACGAUGGAAGGGAUACGUGUUAUUUAGAUUGUCUUUGGCUCCGCCUCUAAUUACACUUGUUAAUGAAGAAGGUCGUUAAUUUGCCUUUUUUUUUUUUUUUUUUAUGGUCAGUAAACUGUAUUCUGCCCCUUCUGCACUAGGACUGCGCCAAAUACCCCCAGAGACGAUGAUUGUGCGGUCCCCCCCGUGCUGCCAAUGAAUAGGUACAACCCUUCAAUAAACCGUGUACAGAAACUC